AUGCAUUCUGCGGCACGUCCCAAACUUCGACCUUGCCCUAAUGCUUGUGGCCACUCGAUUGAGAGGAAGGAUACCCAUACCGCCUGCGUCUUCUGCUUGGGGCUCCAGCAUGCCCGAGAGGCCUUGGACAACCCGCAGGGAUGCGCUGCCUGUUCUCGCUUCGGGCUCAGAACACUGCAGCACCGGUUUGAUGACUUCGGACUCAAUCUCCCGACUCAGGGCAGUUCGGACCCCCUGCUCUCCGAACUCGUCAUGAGCGAGGAGGACGAGGCUCAGCUCCUCGACUGGUCUGGGUCACAAGGAGCCUCCUCUAUGGCGCGUCCGUCGCCGAUGCCACUCCCCGCUCUGGAAGCGCUGGAGUACUCAUCUGAGGAGGACGUAGCAAUGGAGGAGUGUGUGGACGGCGAACUGCUUUUCCCCCCCUCUCAGCCCGCACCGGCCUCGACUGCUGCGUCGGUUUUGGGGGAGCCUGCUACGGCGGAGUCUCACACCAGCGGGCAAGCUGUUCCUGGACACGACUGCCUGGACGACGUGGCGAAGACCUGGGGCAAGCCGUUUUCUAACCGGGUGGUCAUCGGCGGUUUCGGCUCUCUAACGGAGAUGGAGGGCGCCGCUGAGAGGGGGCUGCUGGAUUGUCCCAGGGCCGAACAGUCACUGGCAUCCUACCUGGCUCCGGACACCAACAUGGGCUUGACCGCUUCCUCCCAACUGCCGCACAAGCAGCCUAAGUUCACCUCCCAGCUACUGGAGAAGAACUACAAAGCUCUUGGUCAGGCAGCCCGAGCUCAGAACACCGUGUCGCUGCUCCUCGCCUAUGUGGCCGAGUUGCAGGCUGAGGUGGGUGCAGCCCUCGAAGAGGGCAAACCGGUGAAGGACUUGUGGACUGAAAUCCGCACCGCGAUGGACUUCGUGAUGAGGUCCACGCGCUGCUCCAACCAGGCUGUCGGGAGGGCUAUGGGGCUGACAGUGGUAGCCCAGCGACAUCUCUGGCUCAACCUGUCUAAGGUCCCUGACAAGGAUAGGCAUGCUUUCCUGGACGCCCCUGUGGACCCCAGCGGGUUGUUCGGUUCAGCGGUCCAGGCCAUGCAGACCCGCUGUGAGUCUAAGAAGAAGGAGAACGAGGCUUUCAGCUACCUCCUCCCCCGCAGACUUGCUCCGUCGACCUCGACUUCGGCUGCUGCGCAACGCUCUCACUCGCCACAGCCAGCUAAGCCCGCACGCCAGUGGCCGAGCAAGCGUUUUCAGUCGACGACACCCCGCCAGCCACAGCCACAGCCACAACCAUCCCCCGCGGUGGUGCAGGGCGCCUGGGCACGCCGUCCGACGAUCCAGCUCGACGCCAACACUGGCCGUCCGCCACGCCGUGGCCCGAUGGCCAAGAAAAAGAGGCCGGCUUGUCCUUGGGUUCUAUCUACGAUGGAACAGGGUUACAGAAUACAGUUUGCUCGAAGACCCCCAGGCUUCCGGGGUCUGUUGCAGUCAGUGCCCAAUGCACAGUCAAAACAAAUACUGAGAGAGGAGAUAGAAUCCCUCCUCAAGCAGAACGCAGUGCGAAUAGUUCCUCAAAACGAGGCGCAUUCGGGGUUUUACAGCAGAUACUUUGUUGUCCCCAAAAGAGACGGAGGCUCACGUCCCAUUUUGGACCUAAGAGCUCUGAACAGCUACAUACGCACUUACAAGUUCAAAAUGCUCACACACAGACAGCUCCUGGCGUCAAUGAGACAGGGAGACUGGUUCACGAAGCUAGACCUGAAACGGGCGUAUUUUCACAUAGGGAUCUACGGACCCCACAGGCAGUUCCUGCGCUUUUAUUUCGAAGGCAGGGCCCUAGAAUUCCAAACUAUCCCAUUUGGAAUAGCCACCGCCCCCAGGGCGUUCUCGAGGGUGAUGCAAUUCGUUACCGCCCCCCUCAGAGAACGGGGUCUCAGAAUAUAUGGGUACAUAGACGACUACCUUCUAUGUGCUCAGUCGGCCCGACAAGCAAAAGAACACACAGAGUUAUUCCUCAGACAUCUGGAGUCUCUGGGUUUUCUCAUAAACUACCAGAAAAGCAUACUUAUCCCAACCCAGACAAUAAACUUUCUGGGCCUCACACUAAACUCUGUCCCGUUCAGGGCGACGGUCACCUCUCAGCGAGCUGUGUCAUUCCGCAACUGCCUCUCUGCCUUCCAGCUGGGGAGGAGAGUGAAAUUUCGCGCUUGCCUUCGCCUCUUAGGCUUGAUGGCAUCGAUGAUAGCAGUAGUGCCACUGGGCCAACUGUUUAUGAGGGAUAUGCAGAGAUGGGUGUUCUCUCUGGGCUUGUGUGCGGAGCGGGGCGCACACAUGAACAAAAUGAUAUCCGUCUCGACAUCGUGCAUGCACGCACUGCGAAUGUGGCGAGACCCCUCGCUGCUGUCGCGGGGUGCUUCAAUGGGCCUGAUAGCUGUGCGCAAAGUGUUAACCACGGAUGCGUCGUUGACCGGCUGGGGUGCCACUCUAGAGAACUGGGCUGUGGGCGGCUCAUGGUCAGCUCUGCAGAGCCAGCUUCAUAUAAAUGUUUUGGAACUGCUGGCAGUGUUUCUGUCUCUGAAACAUUUUCUUCCAAUUUUAUCGCGACAACAUGUAUUGAUCCGCACCGACAAUACAGCUGUGGUGUCAUACAUAAACCGUCAAGGGGGGCUACGGUCACUUCGCCUUCACCGUCUUGCCUAUGCCGUUUUGACGUGGUCAAACGCUCAUUUGAAAUCGCUCAGGGCCACUCAUGUCCCGGGACGAUUGAACAUAAGGGCAGACAGACUGUCGAGAGCCUCUCUCUCCAACCAGGAAUGGAGGGUUCAUCCGUCAGUGAUAGAACACAUAUGGGCUCGAUUCGGACGGGCGGAGAUCGACUUGUUUGCGUCGAAGGAGAACACGCACUGCGAACUGUUCUUCUCCAUCCUGGACUGGGACGCACCGUUGGGCACGGAUGCGCUGGCGCAUACGUGGCCGAAUGUCCUUCUCUAUGCAUUCCCCCCAGUUCACCUGGUCCCGAACGUGCUGGCGAGGGUGAGGGACGGGGGCCUCACCUUGAUAUUGGUCGCUCCGUGGUGGACGAACAGGCCAUGGCUGGCGGAAAUCUUCCAGCUCUUGGUCGGAGUGCCUUGGCGCCUCCCCAACCACACGGACCUCUUGUCUCAGAUGGGAGGAGAACUCCUCCAUCCGAACCCGUGCAUUUGGAACCUGUACGCCUUCCUCGUGAGCGGGAAGCGCUGA